CUGCGUUCGAUGCCUUCGCCACCUCCGACCGUGCCCAAGGCGCGCCCGCGUUGCGGUGAACCCCGCCGCGUGCUCGUCACCGGUGGUGCCGGCUUCGUCGGGUCGCACCUCGUCGACGCGCUGUUGAAACGCGGCGACGAAGUCAUCGUCAUGGACAACUUUUUCACCGGCUCGCAGCGCAACUUGGAGCACUUGAAGGGGAAUCCAAAGUUUGAAAUCAUCCGACACGACAUCGUGACGCCGUUCUUGGUGGAGAUCGACGAAGUGUAUCACUUGGCGUGCCCGGCGUCGCCGAUUCAUUACAAAUUCAAUCCGGUGAAGACGAUCAAAACCAACGUCUUGGGGACUAUGAACGCGCUCGGGCUCGCGAAGCGGUGCAAGGCGAAAUUCUUGCUCACGAGCACGUCUGAGGUGUACGGCGAUCCGCUCGAGCACCCGCAGACGGAAUCGUACUGGGGCAACGUCAAUCCGAUCGGCGAACGCGCGUGUUACGAUGAGGGCAAACGGUGCGCUGAAACGUUGGCGUUCGAUUACCAUCGCGAGCACGGUUUGGAAAUUCGAGUGGCGAGAAUUUUCAACACGUACGGACCGCGCAUGGCGAUGGAUGACGGGCGCGUGGUGUCCAACUUCGUCGCGCAAGCGCUGGAGGGCAAACCUAUGACAAUCUACGGUGAUGGCACGCAGACGCGCUCGUUUCAAUACGUCUCUGACCUAGUCGCCGGACUCAUCGCGUUGAUGGACAACGACUCGGGCUUCGUCGGUCCGGUGAAUCUCGGUAACCCCGGUGAAUUCACGAUGCUCGAACUCGCGGAGAAGGUGCGCGAAGUCGUGAACCCGAACGCGGAAAUCGUGUUCUGCGAGAACACCUCGGACGAUCCGAGUCGGCGCAAGCCAGACAUUUCGCUCGCGAAGGAAAAAUUAGGCGGUUGGGAACCGAAGGUGAAGCUCGAGGACGGGCUCAAGCUCAUGGUGGAAGAUUUCCGGGAGAGAAUCGAAGAUAAGCGGGCGCGAGACGCGGCGGGAGGACGAUGAGCGCCGUACUUCUUAG